AUGGCGGUUUGUUCGAAGCUUCGACGUCUGUGCGCAAGAUUUUUUAGAAACGUCUUGUGGAACCCGGCGAGCCUGCUCCAUACAUUUCUUCUUGGUUCAAUAUAUGUCUCGCUUGCCUGUUCAAGGACGGUACUGAUUAAGCUGUCGAUCCGAGGUAAACAACCUUCCCGCACUAUUCUUACAUUGUUUUGAUCCGCGCGCUAUCCAUGAACAUUUUGAUCAACUUUCGACCAUGUUGGGUUGUUUGCAUGAGUGAAAAUUUGAGCUGCAAGCAUAGAUUACUAUUUACGCUCAGUUCAUGCUGGAUUGAAACAAGGAUAGUUUCGCGAAUUUUUAUAUUUUUAUAAACAUUUUUGCUACAUACAUGUGCCAUAAACGGCGCUGCGUGGUGUACUUAUUAAUUUCAAGAUAUUUUGGCCUGUUGUUUGUCUUUUUUGUGAGUGAAGCAAUACAGAGAGCGUUCGCGUUAGUUCCACUUUAUAUCGUGGAUGUGGUAUGUUUUUCUCCUCUUCUGGUAGUUUGCCUCUCAUUUCUUGGUUUCGUACCAUGUUUUGUCGCAUUGUAGAGCGUGCACACGUGAAUUGUCAAACAUCAUGCAGCCAUUGCAGCAAGAUUGAUCUUCCUUGAAUGGCGACACAAAAUAUUAGGCUUAACUUUGCAGUUGUCACGAAGGAGGGCAUGGUAUAAGGAAGGGUACUAACUUUGAAGAAUCGUAAAUAUUUCUUUCCCGCUUGUUAGGUCGCGCCCUCGCAUGUUACAAUAACAAUAACAAAAAUAUUGCGAACGCUUGUUAGGUACCCGGGGUUACGUAACAGAGCCGAAAAAUCCUUUGUAGGUUUGGAUAAAUUCUGCCCGCAGAAUUGUGAGCAGGAAUGAAAUAAGUGAUCAAUAUGACUAGCAUUCCACUGGCUCAGAAUAAGGUUUUUUUUUUCAAGCAUAAUUUGAGCAAAAUAGCGCAAAAUCAUUAUAAACCCUAAUGAUAUUCCUGACACUUUCCCUCUAUCUGUGAUGUCUUUUUCACAGAUGGUGGCUAUGAGUAUCUUCCUGUCACAGUCAACUUUUUUGCUGAACUCUUCAAGCUCAGUAUCUGCUGCAGCCUUUAUGUACAUUUGUUGCUAUGCAAAGGUAUGGAUACUUGUGAAUAAUACCUGAUUUGCUUUCAAGAUAAGAUAUUAAAAAUUCCUAAAAUUCAAAUCUCUUUUUAAAUCGUUAAGAUUUUCAAAAUUGAAUUUUUAAUUAAAAAUGCUAAGUUUCAUUUUGUAAAAUAGAACCAUGUGGAAGAACUGCUACACAUGUUUGAUCCAAAUGAUCAAACCAGAGGAUUGUUUCCACAGACUCAGAAGUUAGAACUCAUUUUUACAGCAUACGUAUCUAAUAGCAAUGUUCACGCUGACAUCACCUAUUGAUAUAGAUGUGCCAACUGUUACAAAUUUGAAUAACAAAAACAAUGUUUAUGAACAGUGAUGUCUCCUAGAUAUAAACAGUAUGGCAGGAGAGUACUACUCACUAACUUUCAUUUUAAUGACCAAUCUUAAGUAUUUUUCUUACGGACCUAAAAUUAAGCCAGGCCUAAAUUAUUUUUCUCUAUAACUGACUCUUGAAGUAAGAGGAUCACAGCUUGUUCAGUACUUAGCAGAGAAUAGUUGAUUCAAUUUCCAUGAUCCCAAAAUGGUUUAAACAAGUUUAAGUAGUUUAAAAGAAUUAAAUCAGUUGUAUUAAUUUGGGGUUGUUAUGGUCAACUGAUUGUCUCAGUUAUCAUUGACAGUUUAAGGCAGCUUGUCCCACUUCAACUGGUUUGUGCCAUGUAAGGGAUUCCAAGAAAUGGAUUCCGGAUUCCAGGUACUGGAUUUCCGAUUCCAGAUACUGGAUUCCGGAUUUUUUGUCAGUGGAACUUAAAUUCCAGACUCCAUUCAUUAGUGGGAUUCCAGACUCCUUGAGCUGUAUUCGGGAUUCGAAAGCCAAGGAUUUGGGAUUCUACUAGCAAAAAUUUCCCAGUUUCUGGAUUGAAAAAAAAAAAAGAAAAGUUAUCUGGAUUCCAGAUACUGUUUCCCUUACCUAGGACUAAUAAGCGGAUUGCAAAGACCCAGUGGGCUGGUGAUAUUUCUGGUGGCCACAGUGCGUGAGACACUGGAUAAUUAAUUAAUGCCGCAGAUGGUCAUGAAAGGGGGUUGAUAAGUGGUGACAGAUUGUGAUGUCCAAUAAAAAUUGCAGUGCUGACACAACCUGAAUCCGGUAGAUGGGUCAAUUUGGACAUUGAUUAACUUGACAUGGUUAAUGUUUUUAUCAGACAGGGGUGUUCUUUCCAACUUUCAAUUUUUUUCUUUUUGCAGAGGGAAAAUCAGCAAGUGAAAUUUUCUCUGUCUCUGAAAUCAAGUGGCAUCAACUUUUUAAAUGGGCAGUUCCUGGAUUGCUGUAUUUCUGUGACAAUUUGAUAGGAUUUUACAUCCUUCUACACCUGUCCGCUGUAAGUUUUGAAAGUAAAUUUUUCAAUGUCAUACUGAUAGCCUUUCUUCCACUGUAACUUUAGCACCAAUUCCCAUCUUUCUUUUUUGAACCUAAAACUAAGAAGCCUUUUUGAAGAGACUAAAUUGUGUGAUAUUCUUCAUUGCAUUGUGGUUUUAAGGUUUGAUUUUUUUCUGUCAUUAAUCAUUAUCUGGGUAGACCAAUGAGAAAAUAGCAAUGUAUAGGAUUGAAAUCCAUUCAUGUACCUCACCGUGAGUGAGCUACAUAAUGCCCCGUCGGGGGGGGGGUACUCCAGAUUUCACAUUUCAACGUUCUUAGUAUCAUUCUGCUAUUUAAACCAAGUUAAAAGGCCCCAACAGCUAACAUUAAUUUUCUCUCCCCUAUAGCAUUUUCAGUUCCCCUUGCCCAUUUCCGUUAAGGAUAAAUCCACACAGGGUACAGUAGUUAAUGACCCUCACCCCUGAUUUCUAAUUAUCGCUUGCAGGCCGUGUACAUACUGAUGCAGAAUUUUGUCAUCAUUUCAACAGCAGUUCUCUUUAGAAUUAUACUCAGGUUUGUUCAACUUAAUUUUCCUUUUUUACUGGAUAGAUUAUUUUUUGUAAACUUUGAAUAGCAUUUCACUUAAGUAAAACUUUUAUGCUGAGUUUACUGGGCAGCUCGAAUUUCCUUCAUGGUUCUUCUGGAUGAACUCAAUGCGCAUGUCUGGGUCGUGACUGUGGCCCUUAUUAACCCUUUUAAAUAACAUGUACUUCCCAUAUAUUCUUCCACACAUUGUGGAUAAUCUCAUAAAUGAUGUGAAAGUAAAAACAGGCGCUCCAAACUGCUGCUCGUCGUCAAAAUUUACAUCAGCGCAUGAAAACUUGUGCGUUAACCGCUGUCCACACUAAUUUAACACGUAUCCGUUUACCAGCCUAUCCACCCAGAAGGCCGUUUACAAAAAUUUUCGUUGACUAUUAUUAACGGCGGGCGGGAACGCUUUCUUUUUUAUGCGAUUAUAAAUUCAAACGGAUUCGUGUGGUUAUUCAUGUAGGUAACGUGAGGGCGCGUUUGCAUGAUACCGGGGGUCGGGGCGGCUUCCGCACCGGCGCGUGUUCACUCCAGUUGAUGCCGCACUAGAUUGAGAAUUUCCUUCCGGUGAGAAAGUCGCAAAUAAGUAUCAGAACAACCACUCGGUUCGGCAGGAAAUCGGCAUCGUGGAUAAGCACAUGCGUGAUUCUGGUCAAUCCAAGAUGGCGUCGACCGUUCAUCUCCAGAGCCCGUCGUUUCUUUUGAUCACUUGUUCUUGAAACGUCACAAAUUAAGCCCAGUGGCUUUGGGGACAAAAGUUGGCGUCGUCAUUAAGGUCAUUGGACGAGAAGAAAACAGGCAAAGACGAUAAACCAGUCGUCCCGGUAUUCAACUCUCGCUGGUGCGACAAAUCCUUUAAGAAAGAGGCUGAAUUCUACCCAGUUGUUAUACAAACAAAUGUGGUAGAUCCCCUUGGCGGAUAUUUAAUGGGUAACCGGUCGUUUCACCUAAGCGUCGUUUCGCUAAUGUCUUUAGUGGUUUCGUUUAUAAAACGAAACGAGGGCGCUACAUCAUGGGAAUAGGACUGAGUGGAGUCCAAUUCGGUGCGUAAUCAUAGCUAUAACAAAAUUCUUAAAUCUGAUUGGCUAUCAACUGCCCUGAUUUCAGCCUUUAUACCACUACAUGAGAAAUUUCUGCAAUUUGAUUGGCUUAGAGCAGUGGUAUUUCAGCUUAAUUUGAAAUACCUACAUGUGAAAAUUACAAACCUUUUGCAGGUAGUAGUAUAAACAAAUAAUAGCAUGAUUUGUACGUGAUAUUUGGCAUAAAUACCACUCAUGAUAUUUCAAAAUUGUCUCAAAUUUCACUCGCCUAACGGCUCGUGAAAUUACGUAUAACAAUUUUGAAAUAUCACUCGUGGUAUUUAUGCCAAAUAUCACUACUAAUCAUGCUAUUACCUAUACUAAUGGACAGUUCACUGUAAUAGGACAGUAAGCGUCAUGCCUAAGUAAUUGGACAGUACGCGCCAUCACGUGCUCGCUUAAAUGUCCUUUUUUCACUGCUGGCAAAAAAAAGGUCUUGGAAUAUCUUGUGUUUUGAUUUUAAAAAAAGAGCCUUAUAUAUCACAAAUUUUGUUAAAGUUAUGAUUAAUAGGUAACAAAACUUCGUGUCGUCCAAUUCGGUCUGUAAUCAUACUCGUAUGAUUACAUACCGAAUUGGACUUCACCCAGUCCUGUUACCACUACUAAUCAUACGAGUGAUUAAACAAAAUCACGCGGUCGUUUAAUCACGACUAUGAUUACGGACAAAAUUGAACGACACGAAGUUUUGCUACCAAUUAAUUAUAUUUAACAAAAUUUGUGAUAUUUUAGGCUUUCUUUAAAAUAAAUACACAGAAACGUCUGAGAUUUUUUUUGCUAGCAGUGAAAAAAAAGCCAUUUAAGUUCCGCGCGAUGGCGUGUACAUGACGGUUGAUAGCCAAUUAGAUUUGAGAAAUUUGUUAUAGUUAUGAUUAAUAUGUAUAUAAGCCCUCUAUUAUAUACCUCGCUCUUUCAGCCAUGACACGUAAAAGUCCGAUACACCUGAUACAUAUUUGUUUUUCUUGUCUUUUAGAGCGGUUUUCACUUGACUGUCGAAAGUAAUUGAGGAAUUGGUUUGGUUUUGGUUUUAGACCUACUACAUAUUUGUUUAGUGUUUUUUUAACAGUCACCAAGAGAUGCGAAAUAAGUUAGGCAACUGAUCUUGCCCCUUUUUGCAAAACGACUUUAGACGUAGUCACCGAACAGGUCGCGAAACGACUCGUAGGCGAAACGACCGUAAAACGUUUAAUGAACGUUUACUUUCGCUGAGUUUCCUUUUUUGUCCCCGUUUUAGGAGGAAGCUGAAUAGAGUCCAGUGGGCCUCGCUUCUUAUUUUAUUUUUAUCAAUUGUGUCUCUCUCAAAUGACCAAAACGAACUUCAUCCCGAACAUCGUGAACGAAUUCAACGAGCUAUCAUCCCAACCGAAGGAUACUUUCUUGGUUCUGAGGAUGGUAGGAAUGUUUUGGGGAGGUUAAAAGAGGCUAUGGGAUCUCCGAAUAUCUCCGACGGCGGCCGAAACAUUGUCGGCACUGUUCGGAUAGGCGAAGCGCACAUCUUAGUUAUGGUUCAGUGCGUGCUGUCUUCGGCGGCAAACAUUUACAACGAAAAAAUUUUUAAAGAAAGCGGAGGUAUGGAGGACAGUAUUCUUCUGCAAAAUACGAAGCUUUAUAUGUUUGGUGUUUUCUUUAACACAGCCACGCUGUUUCUACGACCCGAGUUUCGUUCAACCGCACUAAAUUGUGGGCUUUUUUACGGUUAUAACCGCCACACAAAGCUACUUAUUAUUGUCAUGGCCUUCUUUGGGUUGACUGUGGCGUUUAUUUUGAAAUUCAGAGACAACAUGUUUCACGUGAUGGCAAAUCAGCUGACCAAUGUCGUCAUGAUCACGUCAUCAGUGCUAUUUCUGGACUUUCAUCCUACGUUGAGAUUUUUUCUAACCGCGCCAGUGGUGUUGUUAGCGAUUUAUAUCUUCAAUGCUGGCGGGAAAAAUGAGGUGACUUACUUUAAGGAAAAGGGAGAUACACUGGUUUGA